AUGGACGAUGCGGACAAAACCCAACCCUCCGAAGAGAUCCUGAGCGCAUUAUCUGUGAACAGUCCGAUGAAGGUUGAAUCUCAAGGCUCGGAACCGCAAAUGCAACCACCUAGUGAAUAUGAAGUCCUGAAAUCGCAACUGGCAGAGAACCCCCACAAUCCAGAAGCGUGGCGAAGACUUGUGAGCGCUGCUGAAGCCAGCGGAGAAAUGGACAAGAUCAGUGCGACGUACGACGCGCUCCUCGAGCAGUACCCGAACACCGCCACGGCGCAAAUACAAUACAUUAACCAUUUCUUGAGCGAUGAGUCGACGUUCGACAAAGCAGAAGAGCUGUUCAAGAAAUUUCUGAAGCCCUCGCCGUGUGUCGAGCUGUGGAGCUUCUACCUAACCUACGUGAGACGGCUGAACUCGGCGGCUUCGCGUCGAGACAUCGUAAAGACGUCGUAUGAGUUUGUUCUCAAUCACGUCGGGCAGGACAAGGACAGCGGGGCAAUUUGGAGUGACUACAUCCAAUUUCUCAAGUCGGGCGAGACGACAACAACAUGGGAAGAACAGCAGAAGAUGGAUUCGCUGCGGAAGGUGUACCACCGCGCUGUACAGAUCCCGCUGGACAACGUCGAACGGCUGUGGCAAGACCUCGAAGCCUUCGAAACAGGCCUGAACAAGAUCACGGCAAAAAAAUUCAUGACCGACCUCUCUCCGGCGCAUAUGCAGGCGCGCACCGUCCUUCGCCAACUUACGAACCAUCUCGGCCCCUUAUAUGCGUCAAAUCCGCAGGAGCUAUACCUACCAUCACUACCCAAGUUUGACGCGUCCGAACGCGCUCUCGUCGGCAAGUGGAAGGCAUAUUUGAAGUGGGAGGAGAGCAACCCGCUGGAGAUCGAGGACAAGGACAAGACGACGCUGAUAUCGCGGCUACAGGGCGUGUAUCGCAAGGCUAUCAUUCGGAUGCGGUAUUACACAGAGAUCUGGUUCAUGGCCUAUACGUGGACGAACAGCGUAGGGAAGCACGAGGAGGCCUUGAAUAUCAUCAAGGCUGGUCUAGAAGCAAAUCCCUCUAGCUACCUUCUCACAUUUGCCUACGCCGAGGCUCUCGAGGUCAAGAAGGAUAUCGCCGCGGUACAUGAAUUAUACAAGAAAUUCCUCAACACCUUGCAAAGCAACCUCGACCUACUCGAGCAAACCCAAACCAACUCCUUCUCAUCCAACGGUUCUGCAGCACCAAUGAACGAGUCACGCCAUAACGAGUCACAAACGUCGUCAUCAUCUUUCAACACACAAGCAUCGGAGGAGAAACCGCCCAAACUUACCGAGCUGCAGAAGCAUCGGACGGAGUAUGGUCUUGCGUGGAUCAUGUAUAUGCGCUUCGGGCGACGAGCAGAAGGUGUUAAGUCCUCGCGAAGCAUUUUCGGCCAGGCUAGGAGACAGCGAUGGACACCUUGGGAGGUCUACGAGGCUGCGGCCCUGAUGGAAUACCAUUGCUCGGAUGACAAGAGCGUGGCCAGCCGGAUCUUCGAAAAAGGUCUCGAUGUCUACGGGGACGAGAUCGAAUUCGUCCUCCGCUAUCUCGGUUUCCUCAUCUCGAUAAACGACGAAAAUAAUGCCCGAGCUCUCUUUGAACGCGUCAUCACGACAUUCCCGCCGGAACGCGCGCGUCCGCUUUGGGAACGAUGGGCACGCUACGAGUAUCAGUACGGCGAUCUGGAGGCAUCGUUAAAGCUGGAGAAGCGAAUGGCCGAGGUAUACGCAUCUGACCCGCCAAUAAAACGGUUGGCCCAGAGACACAUCUACCUCGGCACAGAUGCCAUCGCCGAUCGGGACCUGGGCUUCGCUAUCGCCCGCCGCGCGACGGCGUCCAGCUCGCUCGGGCGCGCCGAAACAACUCAAUCACUAUUAUCAUCCUCGCAGAAUGUCGCAGGAACGUCAUCGCAAACUCAGGCACCCAAACGCCCUGCGUCGCCAGACUACAGGAAAAGGGACGACGGGCGCGCAGGGGAUUACUCCGGAGGACACAAACGCGCGAGACCAUUGUCGCCUCCUCCGCCGCCGCCUCCUCGCGGUGCGGACAGGGAUAGAGAGGGUGGUGGACGGUGGGAAGGCCGCGGGCGUAGGUUUAACUCGCCUGCGCCGGCCCCGUCGAAUUGGGAGCGCGAGGAACGAGGAAGUGGUAGUGGCAGGGGCCGAGAGCCGCUGCCAAUGAGGGACAGAGACGACGACAAAGCGUCGAGGCAGACCGCCCUUCCGCAGGUCCUGUCGUGGUUCAUUGGUGAGUUGCCUGCCCCCGCUGCGUUUGACGGACCUGUGUUCCGUACCGACGAUCUCAUGAAUCUCUUCCGCAACGCGGUCAUCCCAAGCUCAAACCCAAGAGCCAAAUCUCCACCUCCUCCACCCCGUAGUGGUGGACGACCCCCGCCGGAUUAUGGCCCGUACCAAGGACCUAACAGCGGUCGUGGGCGCCGGUACUGA